AUGGCUCUAUGUGAAAACGUCAUUAUCGAUGCACUUUAUAAAGAGCUGAUCAGUUUGAAGCGAAGAAAGAUAGCGAGAAGAAAAGAAAUUCUGAAGUAUGCCCAACGAAUUGCUAGAUCAUCGGGAGCUUUUACAAAGAUGAUUCAAAUUGGGGACUCGGGAAACCGAAUGCCAACUGCUAUAGAGAGCGAAUACAAUUUCAACUUCAGCAACGAUGAUAUCAGCACUGAGAUCCAUCACAACGAAGAACCAACAUCGAAGCCAGUGUCGUCGGAGACUUGUAAAUUCUGUGGGAACAGACAUUCUACAGAUGAAUGUACUGAAUACACAACAGGCGAAUCUCGUCGAGCACGUCUACAGAAGCUUCUCCUGUGCGUGUUUUGCUUCAAACAGGCUCACCCGUCGAAAUUCGAGUGUGCUCGUCAACAGAUGAAUGUCAAGUGCUGCAGAUGUUUGCGAUUCGUACACCAUCAUGUUGCAUGUGACCCACAUACGAAGAAGUUUCAAAUUAACUGGUAA